AUGGCGCAUCAUCAUAGCAGUACAAGAAAUAAUAUCAAAGAAGAACAUGACGAAGAUGAUGAUUGUAUUUUUGUUAAGGAGGUGACAAAUUCUAUGUCCAAGUCCAAGGGAAAGCAGAAGAUAAUAGAACCUAAACAAGAGAGCAAGUAUUUUGAAUCCACAAAUUUCCGCAAAAACAUUUCAACUGUGAAUGUUGAUGGCGACGAAUACGACGAUGACGUUACCAUCAUUAACGUUACACCUAGACCUUCCUCUAGGCCAUUGUCGUCGUCGUUGUCGCCGUGUUCGUCUUCAAAGAAAAGGAAAUUGCAUUUUAGCUGCCCUACGAUUGUUGAAGUUGGCGAAUCAUCAAAGUCUAAGGAAAAGAAUGAUGAAAUUUGCGCUAAUAAUUAUGAGACAAAGGAAGUAACGUUUGUUUGUGACAUAUGUACGGACUCAAAACCUCAACAAGAGUCGUUUUUGAUUAAGGGAUGUUCUCAUUACUAUUGUGUUGAUUGUGUGAGAAAUUAUGUUGAUUCCAAGCUUGAAGGUGGUGUUUCUCAAAUCGAUUGUCCGGUCCCUAAAUGCUCCGGAACAUUAGAUCCGGAGCAUUGUAGGGAGAUUUUAAUAGGUGGGACUUUUUUUAAGUGGGGUAUACUUUUGUGCGAGUCAACCAUAGUUGCCUCGCAAAAGUUUUAUUGCCCAUUUAAGGAUUGUUCGGCAUUGUUAAUUGAUGAUGGGAGUAAGAAGGUGACUAGAUCGGAAUGCCCUAGUUGCUAUCGAUUGUUUUGUGCUCAAUGUAGGGUUGGAUGGCAUGAAGGGCUCGAGUGUGCUAAGUUUCAAACUUUGAAUAAGGAUGAACGAGAGGCGGAGGGUAGGAUGUUGAUGAAUCUAGCUGAGGAUAAUAAUUGGAAAAGGUGUCCCGCCUGUAAAAUAUAUGUGGAGAAGACAAUGGGUUGCAAUAUUAUGCGUUGCAGGUAA